GUUUGACCAGUCUACUGUUCGCCUGCACAGUGACGGCUUGCGAGUCUACUAAGUUUUUAAAUCAGCAAAAUGGCAGCAGGAGAGGCUCCUAUCUACAACUCUGGCGAGGACUGCCAGCCUGACUGGAAGACUGCAGCAGCGGGAUACAAUGAGGCUGACACACACCUUGAGAUAAUGGGCAAGCCUGUGAUGGAGAGAUGGGAGACUCCUUACAUGCACAAGCUGGCCACCAUUGCAUCCAGUAAAGGAGGGCGUGUUCUAGAGAUUGGUUUUGGCAUGGCUAUCUCUGCUGGCAAGAUCCAAGAGUGUCCUACCCUCGGCCUCACAGAGCAUGUGAUAGUUGAGUGCAACGAUGGUGUGUUUGAUCGGCUGGUCGUGUGGGGGCAGGCGUUUAGACCCCCUACCCAAGCCUGGUAACCAAGGAGAUUAUCGUCGUGGCAAUGAGGGAUUUGAGAGACGUGGUGGCUUCAGUCGUGGAGGUGGUCGCUAUAGCAACGACAGAGGGAAUUCCCCCUAUCAGCUGGCGUCUAGUGGGUCUGGCCCUUCUCUACACUCCACUCCUGUGUCUAUGUACAGCUCUGCUCUGAUGGGCGGUGGACGCAAGGCUAAUGAUGGCGUAUCAUUAGCAGGGGUCACUCCAGAGGUCAUGUCCGCUGCUGCUCAAGUACUACAGAACAUCAAUAAACAAGUUGGACUGACGAACCUCCCACUACCCAACAGAAGCUCCCCACAAGUCAAUAUGGCCACUCAACUACAGCAGAUAGCAGCAGCUCAGAGGAUGGCACCAGCAAGCUUUGAGGGCAGUCCCUAUGCUCAGUUUGGAUAUCCUCCUCCCGGGAAGAAAUUGCCGCCAGAGGGAGAGAGGUACAAUCGACGAAUGGGACGCUCCUCUGGUCACCAUGACAACAUGUCACAUGAUCUCUUCAAGAAUCCACAAAUGUGAACAUUAAUCGUAUGAUAAUCUAAUUAACUGUUGAUGUAUGCAGUAGUGUUGAUAAGUGUAUUAAUAACAUUAUUCUUUGUAACUUUGUUAAUAACAUUCUUGCCAACUAUAAUUAUUUUGAUGAAUGAUGAA